UCUAUGGCUAGGAGCAGUACAGACGAGGUUUCGCACGCAUAUUUUUUUUCAAGUACAGAAUUGCUAGUCUACUUGUGACCAUCUUUCCUUCAAAGUUUGUUUCGAGCUACCAAUCUUCGCAAAACAAAAAUUAUGAAAACCAAGGGCAAGGCCAGGACGAGCAGUCCAGCUGCGUCCUCUCCUCCUGCCAGCACGCAAAAGUUGCAGGACGACCUCUUCCUGCUUUUCGAAAAGGGGAGUCUCGCAGACCAAGCCGCAGCCUUGGUCGCGCUGGAAAAGAUUGGGGUAAAAAACUCUCCUACUGCUUCUCCGAAGAUGAAAAGCAAGAGCAGCCCACAGAAGAAUAAUUCCCCGAAAUUGACAUCAACAACCGCGAGCAAGCCUCCCAGUGGAGCGACCGGACUGAAGGUCAUUCUGAAACCCGGCCCGCGGGGAAGAAGCAAAGAACAACAGCAGGAUGAAAAGAACAAAAAAUCAAGUGCGAAGACGAGUACGCAAGUGCCAGCAGCUACGCCGAGCCCCACUGGGAAAGAUCAGAAGCAAAAGGAACCAAAUGCAAAUAGCACAACAUCAUCCAAAACUGGCAGCAGCAAGGUCCAGCCUGUCCUUUCCCCUGGGCAGGAUCCCGAGGAGCUUCUGUUUCCAAAUUUGAGCAAGAAGGAAGCGAACGAUCGCUGGUACAAGCACAGAAAAUUCGCGGACGAAGGCAGUUGGGUUUGGUACAACGAACAAUGGCGAUGGAAGUUGCACAGCAGCAGCGCCAUCGACACCCCAGGCAGCUCGAUCAAAACCAGCUCGUUGAGCCCGGCGAAAGGAGGCGCGCCGCCGUCUGCAUCACCAGUCGUGAAGGGGAGCCACAAGAAGCAAGAAGCAGAGCCUGGCAGGAAGGGGAGCAACUCAUCUGGUGGAGGGGGAAAGCGACAGGUGGGGGAGUUCCUCAUCGAGGAAUCAGAUGAAGAUGGCGAUGGCGCAGCCGAGGAUGCUGAGGCAGAGGACGACGACGAGGAGGAGGAAGAAGAGGAGGAGGAUUUAUGCAAGUUUGUAGUGUCACUGUCACAAGCAUCAUGCUUUGUCAAUGCAACCGCACCUAUAAUUUGUCUGGGGUCUUUUUCGACGCGACCGUUUCCGUUUGCAUUCUGGCGUCGCUCACAACUUUUUGGUGCACCAGUAUUCAUUGUUCUUGAAAAUGACCUAGCAAUAGCAUAGCGCUUGUUACAUGUUUCCAUUCGAUACCCUGACGAAGAAGAUGAAUAUGAAGAUUGCGAGGACGAUGUGGACGCCGCGGAGGAGGAGGAGGAGGAGGAAGACGACGAUGAUGAAGGUAUCAAAUGCGACAGCGUCAUGCGUAUCAAAGCCUGUGCGAUGUUGAUGUACCAUCAGGAGGUUUUUUUGCAUUCACAACUGGUGUAUUUGUCGUUGUAUGAAGUCCAAAUUCACACGGAUUUGCAUUUGCUAUGGUCGUGUCACAUCUUCAUCAGUGGAAGUCAAUGUUCAUUCCGCUUCUGCUAUGUAUCUUGCCCUGCGGAGCACAAAGAAAUAACCUCACAACUAGUACUAGCAAAACACACUCGACGCUGCUUUUCUCACACUCUAUACUUGAAGAGGACGAGGAGGAGUCCGACGACGCAGCAGAGGACGCAGACAAGCCGAUCACGGGAUCCAUCUUUGCAGCCAGUGGGAAAAACGCAAGCAUUUUCGGGACGACGAGCAGCAGUAUCCUGAACCCGUCCGGCAGUGGUGCAACCGGAGCGGGGUCCUUGUUUUCCUCUUCGGGGCCGGAGAUCGGCAUUGGGAAGCCAUUGAAUCUGUUCGGAGGUGGAGGCGGAGCAACAUCAUCUUCGGCAUUCUCCUUUUCUACAUCUCCUGAGAAAAAACCUGCAACACUGGAUUUCAGCAACGCCUUCCCGGUGAACUAUUCGCCACCGAAAAACCUUUUCGGGGGUGGGAGUCCAGUGCAGCAGCCUGCCAGCGGCAGCGACACGGUUGCUUCCGGUUCAGGUACUAGCUCCAGUUCAGCAGCAGGAAAUAAACUCACCAGUCCGCUCUUUUCGUUUGCUUUACCGCCCACAACGGCCAAGAAAGAUAACGAAGCAGCACUAGGUAGGAAGGAUGGUAAAUCGAAGGAGGCAACUUGUAAAGCGAAAACAAACAGUCCGAAAUCCAGCGGUAUUAAGGCAAGAGGUGCCGAUCCAGAAGUUUCCGCAUUGCAUUCUGAGCUGGCUCGGGAUGGCGGAGGUGGAGUACAAGAACCAGCAGUAGUAACAGGGGCGUCGGCAAAGAAAAAUCCGCUGAAGCCUCUUCCCAAACGCCAAGCUGAUUUUCCCGCGCCGCGGACGUCGGACACGAGCACGAGUAGCAAUGCGACUUCUUUGUUCUCGAACAUCACUGUUGGAACGGCCACGACCAGUAGGAGUGCUGCGCCAGCACAGGGGGAAGCGAAGAAGGAUCAUCAGCAACCGACCACAGCUGCGUUUUCACCACCUGCAUCUCCACCCAACGAUGAAACAGCAGAAGAUGCGCCGGUAGUGCUCGCUUUCGGGGGCGCGAUUCGAAACCAGAUGAAGUCGGUUUUUGGCGACCGGCCGGUCUUUUACAGCGAGCAGGAGAAGGAAAAAAUCAAUAACGAGGUUUCGAAGGAACGAAAACCGGUCAUCUUGACGAGGAGAAAAGAUGAUAGCAGCGGAUUCGGGACAAGCCCCCUGACUGUGUUUGGGCAAGCGAUCAAGGCAGAGAACAGUACAGAAGAGGAAGAGAAGCAAGAAAUCGAACAGUUUUUGAAGCACGAAAAACUGCGACUUGGGCCGCUUUGGGGCAGGAACGAUUGCGUCCAUUCGUUUUCCGCAUACAAGACCUUUGCGCAGAACAUUCGUGUGAACCUACUCGCUUUGUCGUUCGACCAUGAGAACACUACGGCAGCUGCAGCUUCACACUCAAAGGAGACAUCCCAGGUCUCGAAUUUAUUUUUCCUUGGUUUUCAAUCUGAAUUUUCGCACAUCAUGUGUAGCACGUCGUUACACGGCGGCUCUUUUUCCACCAGCAGGACUUUCUCUACUAUGUGAUUUCGAUCAGAAAAUCAGGAUCAGGAAGAUAAUAAACCCAAAACAGGCUCUCCCCGCCGCCUCUCCCAUUUUUAAACCUACCAGCCGAAGAAGGAGGGAGAACCCGAAUUCCGUCCAGUUUGUCAACUACUUUGCCGUCCCGGGAGUCAGGACCAGCUCUUCCCUGGUCUCCUCUCCUGCCUCAGCGCGCAGUCAGAGCCCUUUGGACGGAGAAUCCGCGCUGCCCAGUGUGAAGUUUCAAGAACGGCUAGAACAAUUUUUCAAGCACGAGGCCAUGACUGCAGAUCUUCACUUCGCAGACUCGACAUGUGAUGAAAAAGACGACUCCACUUCACUGGGCGUUUUCGGAGGCUUACCAUCCGCAACAGCAUCAAAACCACGAGCGACUCGUCGUUCCAUUUCAACUCUCCCCCUCCCAACGCGGCUCUACACGGAAGCCCGGUGGUUCCCAUUUCUCGCCACUUUGCUUUCCGAAGACGAGGUGUUGCAGAUCUCCCGGCACAUCUGCUUUUCCCUGCUCCCGGGCUACUACGAGGACAGCGACAACCACUUGGCGGAAACCGCGGACAGCUUUCUGUUGUGGGCCUGUUUGGAAAAGUGGUUCGUGAAGAAACUUUUCGCCCAGGAACUUCCCGAAUCGAGGCGGAAGCAGUUGAAGCUCACCACGCUCGCGUGGAGUAACAAGAUUUUCAGCCACCUUGCGAUUGGGUUUCUACCGCUGUCGAAAAUAGAACACUUUUUGAAGGGCUUUCUACUGCACGGCGUGCACUGGUUGUUUCAGUUUUGCAUCGCUUAUGUCGAGGAACUUUACAAGGUGGUGAUGGCAGGAGCCCCCAGGCGUAAUGACGCUGCAGCAUCAUUCUUCACCCGCCCGGACGUCUUGCAGCUUCUCCGGAACGAGGAUGUGCGGCACAGCGGAAAGCAGAAUCGGGCGGUCAAAAAUUUCGGAAACGAAAAGCACGGCUCAGCCUCUUCUUCACACCGCAUCGCGUUUUCGUGGGACACGGUGCUCAACAAGGCGGGAACCAUUGACAACAACUUCAAAAACAGCUUCGACAUUGACAGUUUUUGCGAGGAGCAUUUCGACGGCCUGAAUUUGCGAAAGUUGCGGGAAAAGGAGCUAGGGAACUUGAAACUGGAAAUCGAGGAACAGGAGCGACUGAACAGGAGAAGCUUGGUUUCGGAGAGCGGUGUGGGAGUCAGCGUGCGGAAGGAGCCCUCUGCUGGUGGAUCGCCGUUACAGGACGUGAGCUCCAUUGGAAGCUCGUGCUUCACUGCGUCGAGUAGCAGCAGUAGUAGCUCGGAGGAGGAAGAGUUGUCCUCGGGUUCAUAGGCGUAGUUGUAGACUUUCGUAGGAGCAGGACCAUAAUAUCGCGACUUAUGAUGGUGUGCACAGACAGGAGCAUAUUCAUAGACAGUUUCAGUUUCUUUUUCUUGAACAUUCACCCGCCACGUUUUGGAACUAACCGUGUGUGGACUUACAGGUGGGGUGUGAGUCAAGUUUAAAGAUGCAGGCUCGCUGAUCAUUGGUCCUUUGGACUACAACACACUGGACAGCAUUUACCUAUAUUCACAUUUUGGACAAAAUCAAAGAAAAGCAGGUAAUAGCAACAAAGUAAUUUGAGUCUUCA